UAAAGCUGUCAGUUCUCGAGGAAGCGGACUGAGAGGAAAACAGCAAAAGCUGAAAAGAAAAAGGUAGCUCAGCUUGGAACCAGCAACCCAAGAGAGCAAAACGCGCAUUGACAGGCUUCUAUAACCAACCCCAUUGCAGACAGGGGUGCAUUGUCGUCAUCACAUGCACAGCAAAACGUGCUGUGUAUCCACCAACAAAAUUACUACCAAAAGGAGAAAACAAUCUACUAAACACACAGAAGGCUGGUUAACAGAAGAACCAGUAGCCGGAAACAUGUUGUCAAACAGAAUAUGAAUAUCCUCAUAUCUUUCAACCAAAAUUUGUCUUCAAAGCUUUAAAAGGCUGAAGGUGGGACUGAUAGUUGAAGAGCAAACGACUGGGAUUCUGAAAUCGGGAAUCUAAUUAGAAAAUGUAAAGCUCGGAAAAGCAAACCAGGGUAGGCGGAUGCUGCAGUAGCUGGACCAGUUUGGAGAGCGGUGUGUGCAAAUUGCAGAAACCGAAGAAGACGGGAUACUGUAGGCAUUACAACCCUAACCUUGAGCUGGGAUUAACUGCAGAACUACUCAUUCCAAAGACAAGCUUGGAAACCUGGCCACUGCAAGAAAACAGUCCUGUCACCUAGGAUCCCGAAAGCAACAAGAGAAAAAAAUCUGAAGAGUGGCAAGUUGGGGGCAUGCAAUAAUAAUAGCUGUACUUCAUGUUAAUACGAGCCUCCUCCGAAAUAUUCCCAGCCCAUUUAACGAACGCUGGGAGAACAGAUCGCUGAGCAGCAGUGCAAAGAGGAGGAGGUCGUCUGUCUGUCUAUCCUUUUCCUCUCCGUGCUGUGGCAGGCAGGCUGACAGCUUGGGGCUCUGAGAACUUGUCAAAGAGAGAUUAGAGACACACUGUGAAUUCCAGUCCAGAUGGCACUUUAAAGAGCGACGAGAGAAAGAGGAGGUAUUAGUCCUGCGCUCCAUUAUCACUGUAUUUGCCUUGAAGAAGGGGAAUAGGAAAGGGAGAAACAAGCAACAAAAAGGAUACAAGUUUGUGUUUCAAAAGUGUUUUAUUUAUUAGAAACUGGUUGCUGCAUUUGCAGCUGUUGAAACAUCUGUUAACGUAAAAAAGAAAGAGCUGCGAAGCUGCCAACGAGCCAGUAAGACUAAAACCCAGCGGCUGAAGAGCACGAAGAACCUGCUACCUCGGGCCAGCGGCUCGAGGAGGGAUAUCCUGGGGAACCCCUAGCCCGCGCGCCUGAAAUAUCAAUCAAUCAAUUCCUUCAAACCUGGAAGCUUAUAAAUAUGCUAAUGAGGGAGUGGCUGACCGGCGGUCGUGGCGGUGUGUCACCCAGGGCAAUUUACUGAAGGCGCCGUGGCGAAAGCCCGCACUAAAGUACUGACUUGAUACUCAUGGCAAACGCCCGGUGGCUAGUAGGACGAGAUGGGCGAAUGAGAGAAAACAAAGAGGCGAAGGGGAGGAAGGCGAUGGAGGAGAAAGUGCUUUAACCAAAAGUGGAGUUAAAACACUAAGCCCUGUAAAAAUACACACAGAAAACCAAGUCCCAAGAUUUAAAAGUAUAACAAAAUAAAUGAAGAAAAUUACCAAAGACUACAUAUUUUAAAUAAGAAGGGAAGGCGUGUGGAUUUACAAAAAAAAAGCUUUGAAAAAUAUACUGGAGGAAAAUAACUUUAAUUGUCGUCAAUAUAUUACCUCAGACUACUUUGUUUUGUAAUACGUUAUAAAAAUUACUUGUCAACUCGUAUUAAUAAUAUUCUUCAUUUAAACGCACUGCUUUGAAUCCAAAUGAGCGAAGGGGAGAACUAGGUGUCGAAAUAUCUUGGGUUAACGAAGGAUUUUUAAUAUAAUCGCUUUAAUUCCCUUCGAAGUGGUGCUCGGUUCCCUUGAUUUGGACCAGUUAUUGUCAAACCUUUAUCUUUCCUCUUCUUGUGGAUUAGUUCCUCUGCGUUUCGAAAAAAAACAGAAGCGCUGGAUAUCUUAGUAGUGAAAUUACCUCACAGCUCCAUCCGACCUCAGGACAGUGAUUCAGAGAAGAAGGUGGUAACAAUGCCCGAUUCACCUGCUGACGUGAAAGCCCAGACCAGAUCGUCACCUCCCAAUAUGCCACCACCACCUCCAGCCAUCACACAGGGUGCAACACGCAACCCCACCUUCACACCCACAAACCUAAUGAAUGGAAGCAGUCAUUCGCCCACGGCUAUCAACGGAGCCCCUUCCACUCCUAACGGCUUCAGUAACGGACCUGCUACAUCCUCUACUGCCUCGCUAUCCAAUCAGCAACUCCCACCAGCUUGUGGUGCACGGCAACUAAGCAAGUUAAAACGUUUUUUGACAACCUUGCAGCAGUUUGGGAAUGAUAUCUCCCCAGAGAUUGGUGAACGGGUCCGUAGCCUUGUAUUGGGGCUUGUGAAUUCUACCUUGACAAUUGAAGAGUUUCACUCCAGAUUACAGGAAGCCACAAACUUUCCCCUACGUCCUUUUGUCAUUCCCUUCCUGAAGGCUAACCUCCCAUUAUUGCAGCGUGAACUCCUGCACUGUGCCCGCCUGGCGAAACAGACGCCAGCACAGUACCUAGCACAACAUGAGCAGCUCCUGCUGGAUGCCAAUGCCACCUCUCCUAUUGACUCCUCUGACAUCAUGCUGGAAGUCAACGAGAAUGGCAAACGUCGAACACCUGACCGGACCAAAGAAAACGGGUUGGACAGAGACCCACUACAUCCUGACCACCUCAGCAAAAGACCAUGUACAAUGAGUCCUGCACAACGAUACAGUCCCAGCAAUGGGCUCAACCACCAACCCAAUGGACUACCACACCCAACCCCUCCCCCACCACAGCACUACCGCCUAGAAGACAUGGCAUUGGCGCACCAUUAUCGAGAUACAUAUCGGCACCCUGAUCCCAGGGAACUCCGGGAACGUCACAGGCAAGUCGCAGUCCAUGGUACUCGACAGGAAGAAGUUAUUGACCACCGACUAACGGACAGAGAGUGGGCAGAGGAGUGGAAGCACCUUAACAAUCUAUUAAACUGUAUUAUGGACAUGGUGGAGAAGACUCGUCGAUCUCUCACUGUACUGCGCCGAUGCCAGGAGGCAGAUCGUGAAGAACUGAACCACUGGAUACGUCGUUACAGUGAUGCAGAAGACAUGAAAAAAGGUGCAAAUACCACCUCUCAGCGCCCACUCAACAAUCCAGCAAAUACAGAUGCUUCCCAGCUGGACCCUCAUCGAGAAAUUUUACAUCGGACGCCUUCUGGAUACAUGCCUGAGGAAAUCUGGAGAAAAGCCGAGGAAGCAGUAAAUGAGGUGAAGCGCCAGGCAAUGUCAGAGCUUCAGAAGGCCGUGUCAGAUGCAGAAAGAAAAGCGCACGAACUUAUCACCACAGAGAGAGCGAAGAUGGAGCGAGCACUGGCAGAAGCAAAGCGGCAGGCAUCUGAGGAUGCUUUGAGUGUUAUUAACCAGCAGGAGGACUCGAGUGAGAGUUGCUGGAACUGUGGCCGGAAAGCAAGUGAGACCUGCAGUGGGUGUAACACAGCCCGGUACUGUGGUUCAUUCUGCCAACAUAAAGACUGGGAGAAACAUCAUCAUGUCUGUGGACAAGGUCUUCAGGGUCUCCAAGCAUCCUCCAGUGCUGUGGCUUCAGGAACUGGGGUCGGGCUGGGGGCUAAUGCCACCCAGCCAGACACAACCCCCAUCAGCAAUUCCUCCCUCCCCAGCAUCAUAGGUGCAGGAAGCCCAAGUGAAGCCAGCUCUGCUGCUGCUUCCAGAUCUGCCACCCCUGCAACUCCUGCUCCUCUCGAAACUGCCUCCCGCUAAAAGCAGAACAUCAGAUGUACGCAAAACCUGGAACCACAGUUACCGCUGCUACUGCUUCUCUCCAAAAGAAAUGACACUUUGCAUCAAAUGCAACUUUCUCAGCUACCUGAAGUCUUUUAAUUUGACCUCCAAAUGAAUGACCUCUAUUGCUUUCAUGAACAUAUCCUCACCAAUAUGUAAGUUGUGCUUUACGAGAAGCAAGCAACAAAAAACACCCUUCAUUUUCUUUUUUGCAUAAUACAGACAUUGUGUUAAAGACUUCACAAAAUCCUUAGUUAUUACAAUACAUAAAUAAACUGUAGAUCAGUUUUUUUUUUUUUAGUUGCAAAAAAAGUGAACCUGUGAUACAUCGCACAGUGAUUUCUACAUCACACAGUGAUUUCCAGCCUUGUGACCUAAUGGUGCACUUCACAAACUUAGUAGAAAUUAUUUCAGUUUAUUUGUAGAUGAAGGGAUUGUUAACGUCAGAUUCUUUUGGCUUUAAAAACAAGAAGAAAAGUCCAAAAAAACUGAAAAAUAAAGGAUUAUUACCUGCAACUACCUUGCUAGAUAGCCAAGAAGAUACCAGACACACCUCUGCUCCAAAGUAAUCCCAAAAAUAACACCAAGAACAGUUCCAAACAUAAUUUACACUGCCAAAGUAUUUUUGUUGUUGGUAUAUUACAUGUAAGGAGCAGCGCUUACAUUACCAAACCACCAUUUCUGACAGGCGCUGUCCAUGGUGACAGAGACGUGCACUUGGAAUAUGCCCUUUCAGAAGAAAAGGGAACGUAGCGGCAACUCUGAUUAUGCAGCCUUCAUUUAUCAAGCAAAAUGACCUCUGAGGGGACACACAAGUGUAUGUGUGUGUGUGUUUCAUUUUAUUUUUUAUAAUAAAACAAGAGUCGAGGAGUAGGAGGCCAGCAGAUGGACAAGGCUAUGAGAAGAUGACCUCUGUGAAUUCAAAGACAUUUUUUCCUCCCACAGGUUAUUUUAAGCCCUUUACCCUAUGUUUUUUUCUUUUCCUUAAUGGUAGUAGCAUAUAUUGAUGAUUUUUUUUUAUGUAUUUUUUUUUUAUCGGUUUGAAAGAGAUGUUACUUGAUACAGUAUACCUUUUUAUUUUCCCUUUCUCUACCUCUCCUUUUUGUUGGACAUCUCUUUCCCCCUCUGGUAACUAUUUCUUCCAGGUUUAUUUUUAUUUCAUUUUCAUUUUUGUGAACAUAGUUCUUUUUUUGUUGUACUUUAAUUAUUGAAGAAACUGUAAUGGUUUGUAGAUAUUCCUUGCUUCCGUGUCAGUUGUUCUCAGUGUCAUUUAGAUGUUUUUUUACAUUAUUUUUUAGGUUUGACCUGACCUUUCUAUGAUAAGGAAAAGGGGGGAAUGUUGUGUAUUUAUGAAAAAUGGAGAUAAUGUAGAUUAUUUUGUAUUAAUUACUUUGCUGUAUAAAAGACAUGAGGACGGGAGUGCAAUAUGGAAAGUCAUUUGGCUACUGAAUGGGACCUUGAAAUCCUGACCUAGGGGCAAGCCAUGAAUUAUUUAAAUUUCAUACUUUUAAUGUGAAUGUAUAUAGUUAUUUGGGGAGGUCCCAAACAAAAGAAAAAAAUGAAAAAAAAGAAAAAGGUGUUACAUUUGCCAAAUAAGUAAAACAUUGAACCAUGUUAACUUUAGAAGUAGGUGAAGCAAUGUAGAAGCAUUCAUUCAGAAGCUUUCAUUUUCCAGAUUUGCAAAGUUCGUCUUGUGUAGUAAAACAUUUCAGAAAAAAAGUAAUUAUUAUUCACUAGUCACUGUAAACUGAAAGUUGGCUGUUGCUGAUCUGAACUGCAUUGCUGUGUUCAAAGCUAUUUUUAUUUUUAUUAUUAUUUUUUUUUACUGCAGCUCCUUUCCUCUUUGUGUAACGCUGUAUAGACAGUGCAUGUAUGUGAGAUACUUGAGGAAGGACGUUUACAUAAUAUGAAGGAGUACAGGCAUGACCAAAGCUAUAAUGUCCGUCUCUGAGUAUUUUUUCAGAAUUCUGCGGAGAUACAAAACCAGUGAGAUCAUUUUGCCUUUGCAAUGAAGAAAAGUCUAAUUUCUAAAGGAAAGUUCACAAAAAUAUUUUGCCAGAUGGAAUGUUUAAAUCAUAACAUGUCUAAGAUGGAUUUCCCACUCUGUGAUGAAAAAUUCAGCUUUAAGGUAUGCUUUCCUAAGAAUAUAACCAUGACAGUGCUAGAAAUACUCUACAGUAAGGUAUUGCCAGUUUCAUUUGUUGGAUUUCUUUAUUUUAAAUAUAAAAAUAUGUUGUAACUGAUGAAAUUAAAAGAAGCAAGUCUGAGAAAAGUGAUGCCCUAAAUAUAGUACUUUCACAUAUCAUAGAAAAGAAGAGUGGGUAGGUUUUAAUCUCUGGAAAAAUAUAGAUUUCAACAAGCAAACUUAUUUUUCAUAGGGAAACAGUGGUUUUGACCUUUUCAUAAAAAAAAAAAAAAAAAAAAAAAAAAAAAUUACAGUUCCUGAUCUUCUCUGGGAUUUAUUGGUUUGGAUGCAAAAUCCCAUUUGAAACAUCUAGGGUCAUGUCUCAUAAAGAUGAGGUUUGUAAAUAAUGUCAAAUUAAAUCCUGGACAGAUGUCUGGCCCUUUUGGUCUUCAAGUAAUGUAUAUUACCUUAACCACUGCUGCUGGAUAGGUUGUAGCUGUCACAGAUAGUGAACAUGUUUCUUUGCAGAAUCAAAGUAUUCAGUGCCCACCAGUAACUACUACUGCUGAUGUCAAAGGAAAGCAUUAUAAUAGGAUCUGAGGCAGAUACCAUUUCACCGUAAGGAGGGUUACUGGAUUUCACAGAUGGUGGCAUGUUAUUCUGUUGACUAAAAUAGCCUAUAUUCCAAGCAACAAGUCAGGAGCUGCAUAGCAAAUUAUUCAUACACAAUUAAGAAAAAAAAAACAUUGGUCAAGAAAUGUUAC